UUUGACUCGGAUAUUUCAUUCUCAAUGACUGCACAAAACUGUAGUGCCGGAUCGAGUGACUACUAUUGACAAAGCUUCGAACGUGAACUUGUAUUGUGUAUAUAUACACAAACAAAACUCAUAUUCAACUAUAUUUACCCUGCAUGACCUGUGCAUAAUAUCUCAGCAUUCUCGAACUAUAUAGGUAUUUAUAUAUUACUGCAAAUCGUCAGUGCAUGUGCCAGUAUGAAUGGAUACCAAAAACAGGUCUACUAUAAUACCUAUAUAUACUCGACGUUUUGUUAUCUUAAAACCGGAGAUUUCGUAGAUCCAUGGAUUUCUGCAAGGGUAAACCUCGUAUAGGGGAGAAACCUGAACAGCUGAUGGAAAUUGAGGCUGACUGGGCGAAGUGGUAUGAUGGUGAUAACAAUUGUGAAUUCGAGAUACAUGCUAGUCCAUGGUUGGAGCGAUGUAUAAAUAGAGUUACUGAUGGAAAGACUGGUAAGAAAUGGUUUGUCCCACUCUGUGAGAAAUCACCGACAAUGAAAUGGCUCUACGAUCACGGCGACGAUGUGAUAGGCGUUGAAUUAGUUGGGAAAGCGAUUGAGAAGUUCUUUGAUACAUACGAUAUGAAGUACACCAAAUCCGCCAUACAUCAGCUUCCUUAUGCGUGCUUGUAUCAGAAUGAUGAUAAACGGGUCAACAUAUUCAAGUGCAACAUAUUUGACGUUACAAAAGAGCUAAUCGGAGGACCGGUGGACGCAGUCUGGGACAGAGGAUCACUACAAGACAUUGAUCACAAAGAUAGACCAAGGUAUGGAGAAAUAAUCAUGUCAGUCCUAAAACCUGAGGGGAAAAUACUCGCUGAAACUUUCGAGGUCAUCGAUGGCGGAAUAGAUCAAACGACGUCGCCUAAUGAAGCAAGAGGUGAAGACGAUCGAGGUCGUGAUACAAUGCCAAGUUCAGAACACACUCCUCAUUCCGUCAACGCAGCGGACUUCAAAAGGAUUUAUGGAGAACGAUGUGAUAUAGAGGUGUUGGCAGAGGAGUAUUGGGAUUCUGAUCAUAAAGUGGUUGAUAAGGAGGAACCUUUCUCAUACAUCAAUACAAUACGACUCAUCUCCUUCACACCUGUUUAACUCAUUUUAUUUGUUUCCUUUUCUUUAUUAUUAUUAUCUAAUUUCACAAUAUGCCGUUAACGGUUAAAGGACAAGUCCACCCCAACAAAAAAGUUUAUUUGAAUAAAAAUAGAAACAAAUCCAACAAGCAUGACAUUGAAAAUAUUCAUCAAAAUCGGAUGUAAAAUAAGAAAGUUAUGACAUUUUAAAGUUUUGCUUAAAUUCACAAAACAGUUAUAGGCACAUACUGGCUGGUAUGCAAAUGAGGAGACUGAUGGCGUCAUCCACUCACUAUUUCUUUUGUAUUUUAUUAUAUGAAAUAGGGAAUAUUUUAUUUCUCUCCUCAUUGUCGAGUGAAACAACGAUUAAUUCCUCCCUGAACAUGUGGAAUGAGCAUUGAUUAAUACUAUAUGAUUUAGUCAAGUUGGUCCUUAAUUAUUGUUAAAUAUAUAUAUAAAAAAAAUGAAAUAUUGUAUAAUUCAAACAAUAAAACACAAAAGAGAUAGUGAGUGAGGGACAUCAUCGACUGUCUCAUUUGAGUUGUACAUUAUCAACUGCUUUGUGAAAAAUAAGCAAAAGUUUAAAAUGUCAUAACUUUCUUAUUUUACAUCCAAUUUUGAUGAAAUUUUCAGCGUUUUGCAAGUUUGAUUUUUCUCUAUUUAUUCAAAUCAACAUUUUUCUGGGGUGGAUUUGACCUUUGAGUGUCGUACAUCUUAAUAACCUUGGUGCGUAAACAAGUGAAAUUAAUAUUGUAACAUGAUCUUACAAGGUAAUGGAGAAAGCUACUGCUCAGUAAAAGCCCGGAGAGCAGCCGAUAGCAGCCUCCAGAUAGUGGGCUGUGGGCUGUGGCCCAGAAUAAUCAGAAACUGAGUACUAUAAACUGAUGAAAAUAAUAACUAGAACAUAAUGCCAUUUAAAGAUUUUUGUGUGAUGAUGAGAAACAGGGACCGCGGAAGCGGGGGGGGGGCUGCCCCCCCCCCCCACUAGGUCCCCUUUUAUUUUCAAUAUAUGUUAAUAGUUUACCUGAAUGUAUUCAUGAAGGUAUUAUAGAUAUGUACGCUGACGACACGACACUUACCGUCAGUGCGAAUGAUGCGACAGUUUUGGAAGAAAAAUUAACUGUUGCAUUAAACAAGGUCAUGGCAUGGAUUAAAGAUAAUCAGCUCGUCCUCAACACUGAAAAAACUUGUGUCAUGAUAAUAGGUUCUCGUGCUAAUCUCAGGAAAAUAGAUUCUUUCACGAUUUUGUUAAACGGUGAUUUGAUAAAUAGAGUUCAAUUCACCAAAUGCUUAGGAGUUUUGAUAGAUGAAGAACUGAAAUGGUCAAAACAAAUAGAAAAUGUAUGUAAACUUACUCAGAAAAGCAUUGGCAUAAUAAAGAGAGCGAAAAGUUCUUUGCCUGUGCAGUCCUUAAAGUUGCUUUAUAACAGUUUAGUGUUGCCAAGAUUUGAUUACUGUUCUGCUGUAUGGUCGAAUAGAUUUCAAUCCCAUACAAUUAAGCUGCAAAAAAUUCAGAAGAGGGCUGCAAGAAUUAUAUUGAACAAGACAUACGACACACCGUCGGCUGAUUUGUUCACAAGUCUUAAAUGGAUGACACUAGACAAACGAUUUGAGCUCAGUCGCGUUUUGAUGAUAUUUAAAUGUGUCCAUAAUUUAGCACCUUCUUACCUUCAGGUAAACUUAACCAAUCCAAAUGAUGUACAUGAACAUCAUACCAGACAGAGAGACAGUGGAUAUUUAAGCGUGCCCAAGUUUCGCACUGAUUGUUAUAAGUGUAGUCCAAUCGUAUCUUCAAUAUUUAAAUGGAAUAAGCUUGAUAAUUCAAUUAGAACAGCUCCUUCUGUCAUUUCAUUUAAGAGAAUGUUUAAAAGAACUUGUAAUUUAUAAAUAACUUGCGGAACAUCCACUGUUGUGCUUAUUUUGUGUUAGCAUGACCUUGAUGAUUUGGUGUAUAUUAUCAGUAUUUUCAAGAUGUCCUUCUUAAUUAAUUUGAUUUAUUGAUAUUUUAUUAUACGUCAAACGAGUGCCCGUCUGCGUUUUGUUUGCUGCUAAGUUUGUUAAUGUUUCGUUUUACAUUCAAAUCCUAAUGUGAAUCUUAAUGAUGUAACAUUCUGUACAUACGUUAUGCAUUUUGUAAAUAUGUUUAUUGUUAUUCAGGGCCUCAUGGAAGACCACUACUUAUUGGUGAAUGGGCUACCCUGUCAAAAUAUCAGAAAUAAAUAAAUAAAUAAAAAUUUCCAAAACCGUGUACAAAAACG